AUGUGCACCACCGACGUUUACACCUACGUCUACCCCGACGGCCGGAGGGCUGAGGAACAGCAACCCACCUUUUGCUCUGCUUCCCGCAACGGCCGCCUUUGCGCCAACCCUGUCAUCUACAACCACCCGCCGCGUCAAGUCGGCUACCCCUCACCAGUGCCCAUGUAUGCUCCUGUCGGACCAGCAUACCCAUUUCCUCAGCAGAUGCCGCCCUCUCCUCCCAUGAGCUCACCACGCGGAACUUCCUCGGGCAAUGAAGGAGGCCGCGCUCGUCGCGAAUCUUCUUCGAGCGAGAGAAAGCACCGCCAAUCCGGAGUAUACGUGAACGGCCAAAGGAUAUUGGACCUCAACCGCAAGCACCGGUCACGUAACGAGCGCAUCGUGAUUGUCGACUCUCCAACCACCCCGCGCACACCACCAAAGCAAUUCGCUUCACCUUACACCGCGCCGCCUUCACCCAUUGCAGGCGGCGAGAACCCUCAAUUCCGCUACAGCCACGUCCGCCGCGACUCUCUUCGCCCUGUCAUCGUCGAUGAGCGCCCGCGGUCCAAGGUCGAGAUUGAGGUUAUCGACAACAAGCACCGCCGCCACCACUCUUCUGAAUCGCGCCACAGCUACCACAGCGCCGACGAGGAGGAGCGCCGCCGCCGUCACCGAGAUCACAAGGAGCGUGAAGAGCGCAAACGCCAGGAGGAGGAUCGCCAAGUUAAGAAGCAACUACGCAUCGCUGAGCAAAACGCCAAAAUUGCCAGCCGCACCGCCGUACCCGUCCCUCCCGCUCCUUUGAACCGCACCUCUACUGGCUACGGUUCCAGAUACCAAGAGGACUUGUUGGCAGAUGCUCUUCGCCGUAUGGAAGUUGUCGACCAUCUCACGGCAAGAGCUGAGGAUGAGGAAGAAGCCCAGCGCCGCCGACUCAUGGAGCGGAUGACACCCCACCGCCGGGCUACCGUGGGGCCGGGUACACGGAGGCACCGCGUUCUCUACGACGAUGGUCUCUGGCGAUGGGAGUAA